AAUGCCCUUGAUAAUGACAAUUUGGAUAAUCCUAAUAGUGAUAAUCCAGAUGACCAUGAUAGUGAUAAUCUAGAAGAUACCUCUGAUAAUGACUAUAAAGCUAUCGCUAGACCCAAUAAACCCCGAUAUAGUGUAUAUAAUAUAUGUUCACAAUCAAAAAACUUUUCAGGCAGUACAGAUAAAGAUACAUAUCAACAGGCUGCCUUUAAUAAAUUUAGUAAUAUUAAAGGUAUGUCAAAAAAGGUUGUUGAUGAAAAAGGUAAAUCAAAAGAGGUUGUUAAUGAAAAAGGUAAAUUAAAAGAGGUUGUUGAUGAAAAAGAUAAAUCAAAAGAGGUUGUUGAUAAAAAAGCUAAAUCAAAAGUUGUUGAUGAAAAAGGUAAUUCAAAAGAUGUUGUAUGUAUUGGCUAG